CCCGAAUGUCACGGGGAAGCAGGCGGGCGGAGGCUGUAGUAAUCCCUCGGUUGCUUUGCAGAGAUGGCGGCGACUACCGAGACCAUUUCACCGGACUGGGAGUUUGAUCGCUUUGAUGACGGAUCUCAGAAAAUUCAUGCGGAGGUACAGCUUAAAAACUAUGGGAAAUUUUUGGAGGAAUACACAUCUCAGCUUCGGAGAAUAGAAAAUGCACUGGAUGAUUCUAUUGGGGACGUAUGGGACUUCAGUCUCGAUCCUAUAGCACUAAAGCUUGUGCCCUAUGAACAGUCUUCCCUUCUGGAACUUAUCAGAACAGAAAAUAAGGUUUUAAAUAAAGUAAUAACUGUGUAUGCCGCCUUGUGCUGUGAGAUUAAGAAACUGAAGUAUGAGGCAGAAACAAAAUUCUAUAAUGGACUUUUAUUCUACGGGGAAGGAGCGCCGGAGUCAAGUAUUGUGGAGGGAGAUUCCCAAAUACAAAUGGGAAGGUUUGUCUCAUUCCUGCAGGAGCUGUCCUGUUUUGUCACAAGGUGCUAUGAGGUGGUGAUAAAUGUUGUACAUCAGCUGGCUGCCUUGUAUACUAGCAACAGGAAUGAAUCCAAGAUAAUUGAGACUUCUGGAGUUCAUUUCCUGACUAUGUAUGAGCACCUGGGCGAGCUGCUUACUGUUCUGUUAACCUUGGAUGAAAUCAUAGAAAACCAUGCCACUCUGAAGGAUCAUUGGACUAUGUAUAAAAGGUUAUUAAAGUCAGUGCAUCAUAACCCAGGGAAGUUUGGGAUUCGAGAAGACAAACUAAAACCCUUUGAGAAGCUGCUUUUAAAACUAGAAAGCCAGUUACUUGAUGGCAUGCUGUUCCAGGGUUGUGUUGAACAGCAGUUUGACUCUACCAAUGGAGGUGUAUCCGUCUCAAAGAAUGGGAUUUUUGCAGAUGAGUUUGCACAUAAUAUUCGCACAAUAUUUUCUAAUGUAGAAGUAAAACUUGGAGAAGCCUCUGAAAUUGAUCAACGAGAGAGAUACGUGGGUCUUUGUGGACUGUUUGUCCUUUACUUCCAUAUCUUCCGUACAGUGGACAAGAAAUUUUAUAAAUCUCUCCUAGACGUGUGCAAAAAGGUACCAGCAAUCACAUUAACAGCCAAUGUAAUUUGGUAUGCCGACAGUUUUCUGAUCCAAAAGGUCCCGGCUGCUGCCAAAUUAAUUGACCGGAAGAGUUUACAUUCCAUAAAAAGUCAGAGGGAAAGUUACCUUCAAACCAAGGCCCAGUCUUUAACCAAAGACGUGCAGUCAUACUACGUUUUUGUAAGUUCUUGGAUGAUGAAAAUGGAAGCCAUUCUGUCAAAAGAGCAAAAAGCUGAAAAAUUUGCAGAAGAUCUGACCAACAGAUGUAACAUAUUUGUACAGGGUUUUCUAUAUGCCUGUGGCCUUAGCAACAUCAUUAGAACAACAAUGAACUUGUAUAUGUCUAUGCAGAAACCAAUGACAAAGACAUCAGUUAAAGCACUGUGCAGACUCGUAGAGCUUCUCAAGGCUAUAGAGCACACAUUCCAUAGAAGAAGUAUGGUGGUCGCUGAUUCUGUAUCUCACAUUGCUCAGCACCUUCAGUAUCAAGCACUUACUGCCAUCGCUGUUGCAAAGAAGAGAGUUAUAUCUGACAAGAAAUACAGCGAACAACGCCUGGAUGUUCUAUCGGCCCUGGUCUUAGCUGAGAACACCUUAAAUGGUCCUAGUACAAGGCAGAGGAGACUUGUAGUGGCCCUGGCAUUGAGCGUUGGCACACAGAUGAAAACCUUUAAGGAUGAGGAGCUUUUACCUCUGCAACUUGUGAUGAAGAAGCUCGACCUCAUAAGUGAACUGAGAGAAAGAGUCCGAGCCCAGUGUGACUGCUGUUUCCUUUAUUGGCAUAGAGCAGUGUUUCCAAUUUAUCUAGAUGAUGUGUACGAAAAUGCAGUAGAUGCAUCCAGGUUACAUUAUAUGUUCAGUGCAUUAUGGAGCUGUGUUCCGGCAAUGAUGCAUGCUAGACACUUGGAGUCUUAUGACAUAUUACUGAAGUGCUAUGACAAGGAAAUUAUGGAGGUUUUGACAGAGCAUUUGUUAGACAAGCUAUGUAAAGAAAUAGAGAAGGACCUCCGUCUGUCCGUUCACACUCACCUUCAGUUGGAUGAAAGAAAUCCAUUUAAAACUGGUAUGAAGGACUUGGCCCAUUUCUUCUCUCUGACACCCAUCCGUUUCUUUGACCGAUGUAUUGACAUCAAAGCCUUCGUGACACAUUAUCUAGAUAAAACUUUCUAUAAUUUGACAACAGUAGCACUUCAUGACUGGGCCACAUAUAGUGAGAUGCGCAAUUUGGCCACCCAGCGCUACGGUUUAACUAUGACUGAACCUCAUUUACCAAGCCAGACAUUGGAACAGGGUUUGGAUGUUUUGGAGAUCAUGAGGAACAUUCAUGUGUUUGUAUCACGCUACCUGUACAACCUCAAUAACCAGAUCUUUGUAGAGCGGACCAGUAACAAUAAACACCUGAACACUAUAAAUAUCCGGCACAUUGCUAACUCUAUUCGAACACAUGGCACUGGGAUCAUGAGUACGACGGUAAAUUUUACAUACCAGUUUCUACGGAAGAAGUUUUAUAUAUUUAGCCAGUUUAUGUACGAUGAGCACAUCAAGUCCAGAUUGAUCAAAGAUAUUCGCUAUUUCAGAGAAGUUAAGGACCAAAAUGAUCAGAAGUAUCCUUUCGAGAGGGCAGAAAAGUUUAACCGUGGGAUCCGAAAGCUUGGCCUCACUCCGGAUGGACAAAGCUACCUGGACCAGUUUAGGCAACUUAUUAGCCAGAUCGGGAAUGCAAUGGGCUAUGUCAGGAUGAUACGGUCAGGUGGCCUUCACUGCUGUAGUAAUGCCAUCAGAUUUGUACCAGAUUUAGAAGACAUAGUCAAUUUUGAAGAACUGGUAAAAGAGGAGGGUUUGUCAGAAGAAACUCUGAAGGCUGCAAGGCAGCUCGAUUUUGUGCUUGGUGACCUAACCAGAAAUUCAGCAGAAGGAACAGAAUACUUCAAAAUGUUGGUGGAUGUGUUUUCUCCUGAAUUCCGUAGUGCAAAGAAUAUUCACCUCCGAAACUUCUACAUAAUCGUCCCCCCUUUGGCACUAAACUUUGUUGAGCAUUCUAUCAACUGCAAAGAGAAGUUGAACAAGAAAAAUAAAGUUGGUGCUGCUUUUACUGAUGAUGGGUUUGCAAUGGGUGUUGCAUAUAUCCUCAAGCUGUUGGACCAGUACCAAGAAUUUGACUCACUGCAUUGGUUUCAGUCUGUAAGAGAAAAGUACAUGAAGGAGAAAAGAGCAGUCUCCAAGCAGCAGAAUGUGCAGUCUAACAAUCAGGAUGAGAAGCUGCUUCAGACAAUGAACCUUACACAGAAGAGAUUGGACAUCUAUCUGCAGGAAUUUGAAUUCCUUUACUUUUCACUGAGCAGUGCAAGAAUCUUCUUUAGAGCAGACAAAACUGCAGCAGAAGAAAAUUUGGAGAAGAAGGAAAAGGAAGAAACUUCUAAAGCAAACAACGACAGUCUUUCAGUCAAUUCUGCUUCAGACUCAGUCAUGAAAUGAAGUACUUGCAAGAAAUUGUACUGUCCAGAAAAUGUCUCAUCUGUCAGCGUGAAGAGCUGUUUGCCCACAACGGUAAAUUGAAGAGACUGAACACGGACAAUGGGAAUCGCCCAAAACAGCAGUCAUGCCAGAUGCCAAAUAUUUUUAGAGCCAUGGCAGCAGAUGCAUAGAAAAUGAGCACACCUGGAUAUCUCACAUGGUGACCGCUACUGAUGAGGAACUGAAAGCCAUUAGAUGUAAAGAACAUGAGAUUUUCUAUACUUUGUGCAGUUUAACAUAAUGGAUAACAGAUCUAACAGAGCAGCCUCUCCAGAUCCAGCACUUUUAGCAAGCCCCCAGGGUUUCACUACAGAAGGACCUAAAAUAAACAUUACUGUGAAGAAAUUGGUAAUAACUUCUUAAUGUAUAUGAAGAAGCUUUCAAGUUUAUAUGAGCAGGAUGCAAAGGUGUAUAUGUGUAAAUGCACACUUUUUGUACAUCAAAUGUGUAUUGUAAAUGUCAUAUCUUCAGAUGUAAAAAUGUAUAAAAUAUAUAUACACAGCUGCUACCUGUCAGUUGUCUUCACU